AAACAUUUGCAUAUAAAUCAAAAAUGAAAUUUACUAUUGCUGUUGUUUUCAGUAUUUUAUUAUUAACUUUUAUUACAUCAACCUUAGCUUUUCAAAAAGAUUCUUUUAAAGCUUCAACUGUAAGCUGUGAUCUUUGCGAAUUUACUGUUGGUGGUGCAGAAUAUCUUAUUAAAAAUUUAAGUUUAAGUCAACAAGAAGUCGAUGCAGAACUCCAAAAGAUCUGUACUAUUGUUCCAGCUAAUAUGACUAAAGAAUGUAAAUUCUUUAUGCUUUUUACUGGUCCACUUAUUACAAGUGCCCUUAUUAAAGGCGAAAACCCAGAAACUUUAUGCACCACUUACAAAUUCUGUGCUCCAGAAACACCAUCACCAACUCCAACUAAAGCUGCUUUACAAUCAUUAAUUGGUAAUGAUAAUCACGAUUUAAAACCACAUGCCAAUAAGAAUAACAACAACAACCACCAUAAAGAUUUAAAAAUUAAAUUAAAUCAUUAAAAAAAAAAAAAAAAAAAUUAAAAUUUAAUUUUAAAAUAGUAAUAUAACUUAUAUUUUAGUAAUAAACAAUUUUAACAAUAAUAAAAACAAUGAUUAAAAAAAUUUUUUUUGGGUUUUUUUCCAAUC